UGACAGAAUCGGGCCUUUCUAUGGUUGACUGGCACCUGGUGAAAGAGAUGAAACCCCCAAGAACGCAGCAGGAGUGGGAAGCUGAGUUCCAGAAGUACCAGCAGUUCCCGGAGUUUAAAAUCCUGAAUCAUGACAUGACGCUGACAGAGUUCAAGUUCAUUUGGUACAUGGAGUAUUCACACCGUAUGUGGGGCCGCGUUGUGGGUUUGGCCUACAUUCUGCCCGCCGCCUACUUCUGGCGAAAGGGCUGGCUCAGCCACCCCAUGAAGGGCUGCGUUCUUGCGCUCUGCGGGCUGGUGUGCUUCCAGGGACUGCUGGGAUGGUACAUGGUGAAGAGCGGGCUGGAAGAGAAGCCAGACUCUUACGACAUUCCCCGGGUCAGUCAGUACCGUCUCGCAGCACAUCUUGGCUCUGCGCUGGUUCUGUACUCUGCUAGCCUGUGGACCGGGCUGUCUUUGCUGCUUCCACAACACAAGUUGCCUGAGACCCAUCGGCUCCUUCGCCUGAGACAAUUUGCUCAUGGCACUACAGCUCUCAUUUUUCUUACUGCUCUUUCAGGUGCCUUUGUGGCAGGGCUGGAUGCUGGCCUUGUGUACAAUUCCUUCCCCAAAAUGGGGGAGCGCUGGAUCCCGGAUGAUCUCCUUGCCUUCUCCCCCAUGCUGAGAAAUAUCUUUGAGAAUCCUACAACGGUACAGUUUGAUCACAGGAUCUUGGGAAUCGCCUCAGUCACGGCUGUCACAGCGCUGUACCUCUUCUCGCGGAAGAUCCCACUCCCUCGCAGGACCAGGGUGGCAGUGACUUCCUUAUUGGCUGUGGCUUGCAUGCAGGUGGGCCUGGGCAUC